AUGUCUGCUUUUGAUCUGACGAACCAGGGCAUGCAGUGUACAGAGCCGGAGAUAGCAUGUAUCACCCCACGGAUGAAAAUGAGGGAUGACAUGUUUGUCUUUGUUGACGGUAAGUGGGUGAAUGAGAUCUACUGCCAGCCACCCGUCGCUUCCCACCGGAAACUCUUUAACAAGAAGGACCAGAAUGAGUGGAGCAUCUGGGAGGAGAACAGAGCACUCUGGGAGGAAAACCAAGUCCUCCGGAUUGAGAACAGGAUGCUCUGGGAAGAAAACAAAUCUCUGCAAUGUCUCCAGUCACAGAACAGAGCCAUCCAGCUUAUUUACACUGAUGCCAUUCAGCAAAGCCUCCACAAGGAAAAUAAUCCGUUCCCAUUCUUCCAAGAGAGGAACGUAGGCUUUCAGGUCAGCCCAGGCAACAAAGCUCUCCAGGCAGUCCAGGAAAAGAACAGAGUCUUACAGAAUUUCCAGCAGGAGAAUAAAACAGUACCCAUCAUCUGGAAAGACCAACAAGCCAUCACAGUCCACGAAGAGAGCAAAGAUGCCAGCUCAGAUCUUCGGCAGGAAGCUGACACCAUCACAGCUGUGGAAGAAGGUAACCCUGGCCCAGCUCCCCAGCAGGAACAUGAAGCUAAAGAGAAAAGCACCACUCCAACCCAGAAUAAGAUCAAGUCUACCCCAAGCAUGCAGGGUGAGUAUGAAAUCCUCUGGGCUCUCCAGGACUUAUACCAACUCCUCCACAUCUUCCUGAAAGAGAACCAUCUCCUUGGGGAGGAACAGGGCUGUCGCAUUCUCUACAAUGUGGGCAGAUCCUUCCAAGAAGAAUACAAUGAAUUGAAGCUGCAGCUGAAUGCUGUGAAAAACACUGUGUCAGACAUCAAGGCUCAAAUGGAAAUAUUGGAAAAGGAGCUCAUUGCCAUCAGUUCCCCAAUGUAUGAAGAAGCAGGACAGAAGCUGGUCACAGAUCAUCAGCUUGGAGAGAUGUGA